ACAGUUUGAGAAGUUUCUUCUGAUUUCCUUUAAAUGAUGUGAAAGAUAAAAAGAAAUGCAUCUCCAUGAUAUGCCCUUAAACUUUAUUCCCGGUUCGAUGACGAAGACGUCGCGUCUGUCACGUGUCUCCAUUCACAUAAUAUGGGAUGGGGUGAGUGGCGAGUCGAGAGCCAGCGCGCAGUUUCCUUGUUGCUACGGUAACGCCGUUCCAUCGUUCGAGCGACGCCAGUGCGCCUGCGUGCUACCUCACGCUCGAGUUUAUUCUUUCAUCUGCAAGCAACGGUCUCUGUUAGCAGCUAGCGAGAAAUCAAAGCGGCGUGUUUACGUUUGGAGGGGAGGGCUCUCCUUCACCACUGCUCAAACCCCAAGCAACACCCUAUCUGUCCCGUCCAUCCAAAAAAAAAAAAAGGAAAAUAUGGCGCUCAUCCCUUCCCAGGUCCUUAGGCUAGCGAUCCUUCUCGCCUACUUCUCCAUCCUGUGCAACUACAAAGCCAUCGAUAUGCCCGCUCACCAAACUUAUGGGGGCAGCUGGAAGUUUCUAACAUUCAUAAACCUGGUUAUACAAGCAGUUUUCUUUGGAGUCUGUGUAUUGACUGAUCUGUCAAGUCUUCUUACAAAAGCGAGUGAAAACCAAGAACAAGAAAGACAACUAAGGAAGCUCAUUGGUCUUCGUGACUGGAUGAUGGCCGUGUUAGCAUUUCCUGUGGGAGUGUUUGUUGUGACCAUGUUCUGGGCCUUAUACCUGUAUGACCGAGAUCUGGUGUACCCUCGGCUCUUAGACAACUUUAUACCACAGUGGCUAAAUCACGGGAUGCAUACAACUGUCUUGCCUUUUAUUUUAAUUGAGAUGAGAACGACACACCAUCGUUACCCCAGUAGGCUUUGUGGACUUGUGACAGUAUGUAGCUUUGCUGUUGGAUACGUGCUAUGGAUGUGUUGGGUUCACCACAUGACUGGCGUUUGGGUUUAUCCGUUAUUGGAGCAGAUUAGUCCCGUGGCCAGAAUUAUCUUCUUUUCACUUAUGACAGCUUUCAUUAACAUGUAUUACAUUCUUGGGGAAAUACUGAACAACUAUAUCUGGGACUCACCAAAAAGUUUUCAUGAAACUGACAAAAUAAAAGGAGACUGAAUGGAGCUUGAAAGAACAAAGUGCUCCCACCCUUUUUGGUGAUGGACUAAGGCUAUUCUGCUUUCUUUCAAGACUGAGGCUGCACAACCAGGGCUUCCACACACAGACUUUUCUCUGAUUUGUGCUAUUUGGAACGUAACAAGGAGCCUUCAGAAAAGGGGUGACACAAACUGCUUUAUGAAUGGUAAAACACACUCUGAGAGGCACUGGAGGAAAUAUAAUCAAGAUGGAGGACACUUUGGCGUUAAAUAUUCACCAGUCAGUGUUUAACCAUCAGACCAAGCUCUGUUUUUAUUUAGAUGCGUGUUGUGUCAAACAUCUCUUGCUUUUAUUAUAUUGUAAUGUAGUCCCUCUUAGCUGAGCUUGAUGACAAUGGCUGCAACAUAUAAAUCUAAUACCAUGUGUAAGUCACUUAUUUAUAAAUGUAUCAUAAUAAAGUUAUUUUUUGUCUUUACUUCAGAAAGAAGCCUUCUCCCGAUUUACUAGGGAUGUACAAGGCAUGCAAUGAAUACCAAACAUUGGGUGUGGCUGUAGAUAGAUAAAAUGGCAACUGGCAGAAGUAAAUCCGAAUAUUGUGAAUAGACUGCUCUACAGGUAUGGAGCCAAUCCCAGCUGGCAUUGGACGCCAGUCCAUCACGGGGCGAACACAAACACACACAGCCAAUUUGGCGUCACCAGUUCACCUAACCUACGUGUCUUUGGGCAGUGGAAUGAAACUGGAGCAGACAUGGAGAG